CCUCCUUUCUGAUUCCUGGUAGACCUUUUGCUUCCAAGAUGGAUCCAUUGCUGGGAGUGAAGAUUGGCUGUUUGGCAGGCCUGCUGGUGGUCCCGCUGCUUUGUGGACUCAUCCCGGCCCAAGUCCAGUGGUUCCAGAUCAACAUGGCCCGAGGAAAGCAUCGACGCAUCCUUAGCAUUAUAGGCUGUUUCGCAGCUGGAGUGUUCCUUGGGGCCUGCAUUAUGCACAUGGUGGCUGAUGCACUGGGGGACAUCAAAUCAGAAAUAGAGAAGUACCAGCAACAGGGAGCUCUGGUCCCAAAACAGAAUACGACUUCUGCAAGUGAUGAUUCUGAGGACUACCCAUUUGGAGAACUCAUCAUCUCCUUUGGCUUCUUCCUGGUGUUUUUCAUUGAGAGCGUGGUGCUGUCCUGCUGCCCUCGGGCUGUGCAUUCCCACGGUGACGCCGAAGCCCACGAUGAUCACAAGGGCACACCCGAGUCGCACAGCUCCUUCCGAGCUUUUGUGCUCUUUCUUUCGCUCUCCUUCCACUCCGUCUUCGAAGGCCUCGCCAUCGGGGUGCAGAAGGAGGACACAGGGGCCAUCCAGCUCUGCCUGGCUGUGUUGAUCCACAAGGCCAUUGUGGCCUUCAGCCUGGCCUUGAAGCUGGUGCAGAGUGGCACCAAGGCCCGGUGGAGAGUUCUGUACCUGGUGGUCUUUGCCCUCAUGUCCCCUGUCGGGAUCGCUAUAGGCAUUGGGGUGUCGCUUACGAACGGUGAUGGAAGCGGCCUGGCUCAGGCUGUGCUGGAAGGGGUGGCAGCCGGGACAUUCCUUUACGUCACUUUUCUGGAGAUCCUGCCCUACGAGCUGCGCUCGCACGAAAGCCCCCUCGCCAAAUUCGCUUUCAUUGGCUUUGGCUUCUUUAUCAUGGCUGUCAUUGCCAUUUGGGCAUGAAAGGUUUAUUGAGGUAGGGUCAUCGUGGAAACCCAUCGCU